CCCACCCCUCAUUGUUCAAUAGCAGCAGCUCUCAUAUGUCACCCAUAAGUUUGUACUUCAGUGCAUAUAGCCAACAGACACACUCCACACCAGAAAACAUCGCUUCUGGAUUCUUAUUCAACUACAUUAGUUUAAACUUUAAACUCUUGGGAUUUUUUCGCAAUUCAAGAGAACAAUGUCGGCCGCACCUACCGCACCCCCUUCGAGCAUGUUCGACACAGUCCCAGGAUAUGAGGGAACCUUGGCCGGCGGAGGUGGGUAUCUUCCACCACCAAUGCCAACUGUACCGAUGCCUAUGCCCGAAGCCCCAAGUCAGCCAGACUGGCAAAUUCCCACCAUCUCAGAGGACAGAGCUCGGGUGGCUCUCAGAACGUACGUCUCCAGCAAAUGUUGCUAUGGUUCCGGUCCUGUCGAUGAAGGAGUUAUAACCAACAUGGAAAUCUUUAAUACCUACAGGUAUCGUUUGGAGACGUUCACAGAGUCCAGAUCAUCUGAAUGGAGAAAUGAGCCAUACACAGCGCAGACUGUGGAUGCCGGUGUUCAGCCUGCCCCGGGGCCGUGGCAAAUCGCAACCAAACCUCCAACUUUCUUUCAGGACCAAAAGCAGGACAUCAAAGUGCCUUACACCUCCUCAGUUAAGAACUGUCACACAUGUCUCGGGAUGGGAAGAGGUCCCUGUACAGCAUGCGCUGGGGCUGGAAACAAAGUGUGUAGCCCGUGUAAGGGUACUGGACAUAAUCAGACCGACGACCGCUGUAUUCACUGCUCGGGCCGAGGACGAGAGAACUGUUCUUCAUGUAAUGGUCAAGGCAACCGUGAGUGUGAGACCUGUCGAGGGAAGAGACAGAUGCUCGUCUACAUCAAUGUCAAUGUUAAAUGGACUACUGAGAAGGACAAUUUUGUAGCACAGCAGUCAAGCGGUCUGAAAGAGCAAAGCCUGGAGAGCGUUACAGGAAAGCAGCUCUUUCAAGAUACCCAAUAUAUGUUGUAUCCAGUUUUGGGUUUUCCUGAUGUGUCUGUCGCACAAGCUUCCGACCGUUCUGAAGAGCACCAGGCCAAAUACGCCCAAACCUCCCGUGUUUUACAACAGAGACAGACAAUAGAGCUGAUUCCCAUCACCAAAGUAAACUACAUGUGGAAAGGAAAAUCAUAUGUGUACUUUGUGUAUGGAAAUGAGUUUGAAGUGAACGCUGAAGAUUACCCAGCCACCUGCUGCUGCUCUGUGAUGUAACACACCUGAUUGUGAUGGAUAUUGACAUAACCACACAUAACCAUCAUCAUGAUGCGUCUGUUCAUCUGAGGUCAGAUUCUAAUUCAUGUGAGAAUGAAUUAAGAAAGAGGAGCAAUUAUCCACAAUGUAUAACAUACCUUUAUAAUGUAAAUGUGAAUGACUAAAACUGUGAGAUAAUGACGCAGUUGAUAUUUGUCGUCAAAAUAAACUUUUAAAAUUUUGAUACAUGAAA